AUGAUGUUUCUGGGACGCCUUUCAUUAAUUGCCUUAGGAGCCUGGGCGGUCCGCCCAGUGGUGGGCUAUGUGUCGCAACCUAGGGAUCAGGAAGGAACCUGUAAGAAGACGACAGUUGCGAUUUUAGGGGCGGGAAUAUCAGGUAUUUCGGCUGCGCAAACGUUGUCGAAAGCGUCCGUGGAUGAUUUUCUUAUCCUGGAAUAUCGCGAUCGAAUUGGUGGUCGUGCUUGGCAUGAGAACUUUGGCCAGGACAAAGAUGGAAAUCCUUACGUGGUCGAAAUGGGUGCCAACUGGGUUCAAGGACUCGGAAAUCCAGGAGGUCCGGAAAAUCCGAUCUGGACCCUAGCCAAGGAAUUUGGCCUGCAGACGGCAUACUCGAACUACAGCAAUGUCUCGACGUAUAAUCAGGAUGGCUACAAGGACUACUCGCAUCUUUUGGAUGAGUUUGACGAAGCCUAUGAUAUUGCAAACCCGGCGGCUGGCAGGAUCCUUCUUGAAAACCUCCAGGACCAGACGGCGAAGGCCGGAUUGGCCUUGGCUGGAUGGAACCCGAAGUCGCAUGACAUGGAGGCGCAGGCAGUCGACUGGUGGAGUUGGGAUUUCGAGGCGGCUUUCACGCCACUAGAAAGCUCGUUGGUAUUUGGUAUCGCCAGCACCAAUUUAACCUCGAAUCAGUUCAGCGACCACGACAACUUCGUCACCGACCAGCGGGGAUUUAACACGAUCAUCAAGGGCAUGGCCUCAAAGUUCCUGACUGAAGAUGACCCUCGCUUGCUUCUGAAUACAAUCGUUACGAAUAUCACGUACGGGCCCGAAGGCGUUACGGUCUACAGUAGCGAUGGGAACUGUGUCCAAGCUGCAUACGCCCUCUGCACAUUCUCCUUGGGCGUCCUGCAGAACGAUGCCGUCACUUUCACCCCGGAGCUGCCUGAGUGGAAGAGGACCGCAAUCCAGAUGUUCACCAUGGGCACCUAUACGAAGAUUUUCAUGCAGUUCAAUGAGACCUUCUGGCCUACGGACACCCAGUACUUCCUGUACGCGGACCCCACUACGCGCGGCUACUACCCACUCUUCCAGUCCCUAUCCAUGGACGGUUUCCACCCAGAAUCCAACAUUAUCUUCGUGACCGUUACGAACGAGUUUGCCUGGCGCGCGGAACGCCAGUCUGACGAGCAGACCAAGCAGGAAAUUCUCGAGGUCCUGCGUAAAAUGUUCCCGGAUGUGGAGGUUCCUGAACCGACGGCCUUCCUGUAUCCUCGCUGGAGCACGGAGCCGUGGUCCUAUGGUAGCUAUUCCAAUUGGCCCAUGGGCACGAGCCUGGAAAUGCAUGAGAAUCUGCGGGCCAACACCGACCGACUCUGGUUCUCAGGUGAAGCUACCAGCCCGUCCUACUUUGGUUUCUUGCACGGGGCGUGGUUCGAAGGUCGCGAUGCAGGCCGACGGAUUGCUGGAUUGCUGAAUGGAUGCAAGGAAGGCAACUCGACGACUUGUGUCCCCCGGAAGCACUAUGAGGUGCUUCAUGGUACCACGCCACUGGCUGAUUAUAGCUCCGUGAACGGGUGGGAGGUCACGAAUGUUUUUCAAAAGCUGUCUGAACGCGUCGGAUACCACAGCCUCUCUCCUGAAACUGUAAAAAUUGCCAACUAUCCGAGUGAAGAAUGGCUCUCGGAGACUGAGAGACACAUCCCGUCGAGCCAUGGCAGGCCAUUGGAAGAUGUACUCCGCGACGCCGACGAGAUCUUCUCAUAUCGAAUCAGCACAAUGCAUCCUCAAUUCUUUGCUUUCAUUCCGUCACCAGUCUCCCCCGUGUCCUGGCUGGGAGACUCUCUCACUGCCGCAUACAAUACCUAUGCGGGAAGCUUAGAGUCAGGCUCCGGCGUCUGCGCCGUGGAAAGAUCCAUGAUUGCCUGGAUUGCUGAACGGUUCGGCUUACCUCGGUCUGCAGGUGGCCAGUUUGUGUCUGGGGCAUCGAUGGCGACUCUGACCGCAGUGACCGUUGCUAGAGACCAGCGCUUGAAGGUUGAGCUGCGACACAAGGCGACCGUGUAUAUGUCGGAAGACGCACACUUCUGUAUCACCAAGGCACUUCGCAUCGUCGGCUUGCAGGAUUCCCAAGUCCAGACUAUCUGCUGCGAUUCGAAAUACCGUAUGGACACUGACCGUCUUCGUCGAGCGAUAUCCGAAGAUAUUUCCGACGGUCGUAAGCCAUUCCUUGUAGUUGCCACGUGUGGGACAACGAGCACUGGCGCCAUUGAUCCUCUGAACGAAAUUGCGGACAUAGCGGACGAAUAUGGAUUAUGGAUGCACGUCGACGCCGCCUACGGCGGAUCUGCCGCAUUCUCCAGCACCCAUCGCUCCCUGGUGAGCGGACUUGGCCGCGCAGACAGCAUCGCCUGGGACCCCCACAAAUGGCUCUUUCAAACGUACGGCUGUGGCACGAUCCUCUUCCGCGAGAAAUCCCACCCCCUGGGGAGUUUUGCAUCCACGGCCCAUUUCUGCCGCGACGUCGAGGAUGAAAAGGACCCCCAGAAUCCCUGGAAUUAUGGAAUCGAGCUGACGAGGCCCGCGCGCCAUAUGCGCCUUUGGUUUAGUCUGCAGGUGCUUGGCAUGGACACGAUUGACCAGAUGAUCGGGCGAGGCUUUGAGUUGUCGGCACUUGUUGAAGGCGAGAUAAAAAAGCUGUCAGAUUGGGUUCUGUUGGCCCCCACAUCCUUAGCCAUCGUGAACUUUCGCUUUGCCCCACACGGCGUGGACGAGAGGCUUCUCGAUCAGAUUAAUACUCGCGUGGCGAAAGACUUGAUUGCCGACAAUAUCGCGUACAUCCUCACCACUCGUCUUGGGGGUGUGGUUGGUCUCCGGAUGUGUACCAUCAAUCCGCGAACCACUGACGACGAUAUCCGUCGCGUGGUGAGAGCACUGGAUUGCAGCGCUCAGGCUGCCUACGGGGAACUGGACCGGGACCGGAUCAUGAAGAUCGCGAUCGCAGGCGCCGGAGACGUCGGUACCUACUUCGUCCAAGAAUUCAGCAGAUCUGGCCAUGAAGUCGUCCUUCUAACGAGCAAACACAAACCCGCCUUAGAGACCCUACCCAUCAGACAACAGAUCACCGAUUACAGCGUCGAGGAUCUCACACUGCACCUCCAAGACUGCGACGCCGUGGUAUCCACCUUCUCCGGCCCCGAGGACCAAUAUAUCGCCGCCCAUCUCGCACUUCUCGAAGCAUGCAUCCGGUCCCCAAAAUGCAAGCGCUUCCUGCCCUCGUCUUGGACCACCAAUAUCGAAGACUUCGGAGACCAACCGAUCAUGCUCGCACACUCCCGAGACACAAUCUGGAAGGCCCUCCGCGCACAGCACGAGGUGAAAUGGACCAUGGUUUGCAACGGGUGGUUCAUGGACUACGUUCUGCCCGCCUCGCAGCGGUAUUUACGUGACGUCGGCGUGGGAUGGGUGAUGGAUCACCACAAUAAAGUGUUUGAGCUGUACGCGGAUGGGCAGCAGAAGGUUACGCUAACGUCUGUCCGGGAUGUUGCUCGCGCGGCAUUGUCGAUAUUGGAGCAUGGCGAGAUCGAGUGGAACGAGUUUACUCACUUUGGGGGGCAAACCUUCACCUAUCUUGAGUUGUAUCAGUUGAUCAAGAGGCGGGAUCCAGCAUGGAAACUGAAGAAGCUGCCGUUUUCUGAGGUGAUCGAAAGGAUUACGUCGGGGAAGGUGGUCGGGGAAGAUCUCGACCUGGAGUACUUUAGACUGAUGGGCUUUACCAAUUGCAACAAGGUGCCGGAGGAUAGGGCUUUGACGUGGGGGACGGGCUUGUUGGAGGGUUUGCGGGCGCGCGGUGUUGAGGAAUUGCUGGAUGAGGCGGCUAAAGAUGAGACGGUUGUUCUUUAG